CGGGGUUUAUGCCUUUGUGGCUGUGGUAGCUAGUUACGACCAUCCCGAACCGAGUUGAGUUAGUGGUUUUCAGCUAGCUACUUACAUUUCUUAUUUUUACGAAGUUAUCAAAGGAAAGGACACACAUAGGAUUUCAUAAUGACAGAGCGGGUCAACAACUUCCCCCCGCUGCCUCAGUUCCUAAGAAUCAAGCCCUGCUUUUACCAGAAUGUGGAGGAGGAGAUCCCAGCCCCGCACCGACAGCUGGUGCGCAGGGUCUACAACCUCUGGAUGUUGUAUUCAGUCACACUGUGUGUGAACGUGGUGUCAUGCAUAGCUUGGUGGGCAGGAGGUGGAAGUGCAGCCAAUUUCGGCCUUUCCCUGCUCUGGCUUCUUCUCUUCAGUCCGUGCAGCUACACAUGCUGGUUUAGACCUCUCUACAAGGCCUUUCGGGCUGACAGUUCCUUCAACUUCAUGGCCUUCUUCUUCAUCUUCUUCCUCCAGUGUGUUCUUGCUCUCAUUCAGACUGUGGGCAUCUCUGGUUGGGGUGCUUGUGGUUGGAUCGCGACAGUGCUGUUUUUCAGCUACAACGUGGGUUCUGCUGUAGUCAUGCUAUUCUCAGCUCUGCUCUUUACUCUGGUGACUGUGUUGAUGGGACUGGUUCUCAUCAGGGUUCAUAGGAUGUACCGUGGCGGAGGGGGCAGCUUUGAGCGUGCACAGGAAGAGUGGACCAAUGGACUCUGGAAGAGCGCCCCUGUGAGAGAGGCCGGCUUCAAUGCUGUCACUGAAACUGGCCCAAGCCUACCCCAAUACCCUGCUUCUGUGCCAAGCUACCCAGACAAUGGCCCCUGGUAAAACCCUAAGUGGACUCUAGAUGGAGACAGAGCACUUUUUCCAUGGCAUGCAGGAUAGUCCACCACAUCACUGUCCACCACAUCACACUUGUACAAUCUCACCUUGAUAAUAUAUGAAAGGCAUAGCUGGAAUUUAAGUAAGAAUGUUAAGAAAAAAAGGAUAAUCAGCUGAUUUUAUUCAGCAGUACUUCAUUUUAGAUUUAAAGAGGCCACUGUUAUAGACACUGUUUACUGGAGUGGGAAGCUUUUCCAGGAAAACUAAUCUAAGCCUUAUAUUGUUGGAAAAAUGUGUGAUGGAUAUCCAAAAUAUGAUCCAUUACAUAUGUUUAAAUAUUUUUAUUUUCUACUCUCAAAAUAUGAAUAUGUUCCCUCAUAUUUGGAAGAGCGACUGAAAUAAAAAAAAAUAUGAUUUUCAUUUGUACUUGGAGAGCUAGAAAGGGGUCUUGUAUUAUAGAUUGUUUAUAUUACAGUAGCAGAAUUAAUACUGUUCAAUAAAAUUGAUAUGUCAAAGGCUUGUGCCUUAUCUUAAAAUGUCUGAAACAGAAAAGAAGCAAGGUGAUUUCAAAGUUGUCUUUGGAUCAAUUCUUGCCAAUUCAAUACUGUACUGUAUGAAAUCAACAAAAGCCUUAACACUACUGGACGUGACUGAAGGAUCAGGGUUCUCCUCUUGUAGCUGGAAAUAUGGAUGUUUUUACUUAGUGAUAAUGUAUUGUUUUUUUAUUGAUAUCACAAGUGUUUGUUUUUGAUACCUUUUCUUUUUACUUGAUCUUCUUUGGCUUGUUUCUGAAAACUAAACGCGCCUUAAUCGUACAUACAGUAUUUGCAUGUAAAAAAAAAUAUUUGCUUGACUGUCGCCUUAAGUACUGCUACAUGUUUCAGUGUAACUAGACAAAGCCAAUGAGAAAUGUGCUUAAACACAUUUAUCACUAAUGCUAGAUUUCACAUCAAAGGAAUAUUGUAUCCUUCUUAUUCAACCUGAGCCUUUUAUUUUUCACUAAUCGGGUGCAGUGUACUGAUCUCUUCUUUCUUUGCUUUUGAUGGUCAGUGCCCUGUUGUGGAAGCACCCUUCUCUCUAGCCAGUACUCCAAAACAGCUCAUCUCUGUCAGUGUGUUCCAGGCUGGAGUCUGGCUGGGAGAGCAGCAGCCACUCAUCUUGAGUAUGUGACUUAACUUUUAUUUUCUAUUCAAGUGUUCCUCUCCAGGGUUAACUACCAUAAUGAGGUUUAUUUUUUGUUUGUUUUGUAUGGCUUGUCUGUAAUGCGUGUCAUUCUGUAGUGAAUAUUUAGACAUUCUUAAAUGCUUCAAAUGCGUUGCUGCAAUGACUCAGCCUAGAACAAACCAUCCUGAUCUUGCAAGCUUACAUUGUUUCGCUACACAGAUACUGUGUCCGUGUAUUGAAACAGAAUGUAAGCUUGCGAGAUCAGGAUGGAUCGUAUGAGGCAAGCAAUGACUCACUAACUUAAACAAUUCAGUAAAUAUUCUUAUUAAGA